AUAUCGUCGCCAUUCAUAUUUCCCUGUGGUUCUUUGCUUGGUGCUUCCGCGACUAAGCUCGCUCCCCUUUUGGGAAAUAAUAAUAAUAAGAAGAAUAAUUAGGGUUUCGUGGUUCUCAGCUCGCGCACCCAGUCAUGGGAGGAGGCAAUGGGCAAAAGGCAAAGAUGGCUCGUGAGAAGAACCUCGAGAAGCAGAAGGCCGCAAAAGGAAGCCAGCUGGAUUCAAACAAGAAAGCUAUGUCGAUCCAGUGCAAGGUAUGCAUGCAGACAUUUAUGUGCACCACAUCAGAAGUGAAGUGCAGGGAGCAUGCCGAAGCCAAACACCCUAAAUCUGAUGUUUAUGUUUGUUUUCCUCACCUUAAAAACUAAAAAGUGAACAUAUUGGGGAGCACAAGUGGAGAGAACUUAAUAUCAUCAUGGCCUCUUUCCAUUAAUCCAUUCACAGAGAUCCUCCUCAUAUAUAUGUUGGCUGUGUCUGUGUGUUGUGUGGAGAGACAAGAAGGGGAGGGAGAACAUUUAAUAUGAUUUUCCCAAAUUUUGGGAAAGAAACUUGUGAUGCUCUCUCUUUUCUGUCACUGUAAUGUUUAACGAUAAUUAUUGUUAAUAUUAAGUGUCUCUUGCAGAAACA